AUGACUGACUUUCAACAAGAAAAAAAAAAAUUAACCGAGGCUCUCAGCCGACCGGUGAAAAUAUCUACUGAUAUUAACAAAGCCGACGAAGAGUUAAAAAAGCAUAUUGGCUUUAAGGAAGAAAAAGAAACCUUCCUUAAUCAUAUCAGAGCUUAUUGUAUGACCCAAGGUCGAUUUUUCCCUAUCGCAGGAGUAAUUUGCUAUUCCAGUGCUCCCGGCAUGGGAAAAACUACUUUUGUACAUAACUUGGCUAAUGCCAUGGGUCGAGAUUGCGAGACGAUACCUUUGGCUGGUUUCAAGCAAUCGGAAGAAUUUUCUAUUUUAGGAGAUGACACUAAACCUAUGGAAGACAAAAAAGUUCAGGCCGAUUUAAUUAAACUUUUCCAAGAUUACAAAGCAAAAAAAAAAUUUUUUGAUAAAUAUUUUCAAACCGAAAUAGAUUUAAGACAAAUUACCUUCUUUGCGACUGUAAAUUAUAUUGAUGACUUAUCUCUCGACUUAAAAAAGGAAAUUAAUAUAAAUGAAUUGCCAGAUUUUAGCGAACAAGAAAAAAAAGAUAUUUUGAAAAUGAAAGCAGAGGAAAUUAACCAAGAAAUUAAAAAAAAAUAUCCGGAGGAAAAAAAUGAUAUUAUAACUGAAAAAAUGAUUACCGAAAUACUUAAACGAAUUAGCGAGGUAGGAGUAAGGCAAGCCGAAAGAGUUUUAUACAAGGAAUACAAUCAAGAAUUAGCCAAAAAUAGUGCCAUAAAAGAAAAUAACACUAUCGAUUUUGCCAAAGAAAACCAGCGAGAAAAAGAGUUUAUUGAGAACAAAAUUAAAGAAAUUAUUGAUUUAACUGAUAAUAAGCAAGAAAUCGAACAAGGAAAAUUCCCAAUUAUUUGA